UGGCGGCCUCCAGAGGAGGGAACAUGGACGGCGGGGACGAGGGAUGGUUUGUGACGCUGGCCCUCGGGGUGUCCCUGCUGAAAUGUCUCCUCAUACCGACCUAGUUCUGCAACUUGAACUGCGACUGCGGGGGGAUUUAGGUCUUGUGGCUGUAAUACUCAUACAGGGCUCAUUUCAAUCAACUUUAUGUAUAAAAAAGAAAUAUGGACAAACCCUUAAAAAAAGAAAAAAACUCUCAGUUUUAGUUUUUGUGAGUCACUCCACAGAUUUCGAGGUCCACAGAAACUGGCUGGCGAUCACCAACAGUUUGCCCGUAUCUCGGUGGUACUAUGAGGCGACUUCGGAGUGGACGUUGGAUUACCCCCCAUUCUUUGCGUGGUUUGAAUACGCCCUGUCCUACGUGGCUCGGUACUUUGAUCCGGAAAUGCUGAAUGUGGAGAACCUCAGCUACGCCAGCCAGAAUACCAUCCUUUUCCAGAGGUUCUCAGUCAUCCUCACCGAUGUCCUCUUCAUCUAUGCCGCCAAACAGUGCUGCCAGUGCCACAGUGACAAAAAAGAUCGGAGGGAUUUGCUGGAGAGACCGUCGUUCAUCCUCGCCGUCCUUCUCCUCUGGAACUUCGGCCUGCUGAUUGUAGAUCAUAUCCACUUUCAGUAUAAUGGCUUCCUCUCCGGGAUCAUGCUUCUGUCCAUCGCCCGCAUGUUUCAGAAGAGACACCUGGAGAGCGCCCUCCUCUUCGCUGUCCUCCUGAACUUCAAACACAUCUACCUGUACAUCGCCCCGGCGUACGGCAUCUACCUAUUGCGGUCUUACUGCUUCACGGCAAAUAAUCCAGAUGGAUCCAUACGCUGGAGAAGCUUCAGUCUCCUGCGCUUCCUCGCUUUGGUCAUCAUAGUUGUGUUUGUUUUAGCGGUUUCUUUUGGACCCUUUAUAUACUUGGGUCAAAUUCCUCAGGUCCUUUCCCGGCUUUUCCCCUUUAAGAGAGGCCUCUGCCACGCGUACUGGGCUCCGAACUUCUGGGCAUUGUACAACGGCGCCGACAAAGCCCUGUCUGCUAUCGCCGUUAAGCUGCAGCUGCUGAAUCCGGCUUCGGUCCGCACAGGGUCCAUGACCGGGGGUUUGGUCCAGGAGUUUGAGCACAGCGUCCUGCCGUCCGUCACGCCCGUGGCGACUUUAAUCUGCACCUUUCUGUCUAUACUGCCCUCGGUUGUGUGUUUGUGGUUUAGACCCCAAGGACCCCGAGGCUUCUUACGCUGCCUGAUCCUCUGCGCCCUCAGCUCCUUCAUGUUUGGCUGGCAUGUACACGAGAAGGCGAUCCUCCUGGCGAUUUUACCCCUAAGUUUGCUGGCAGUCAGCAGUGCAAAGGAUGCUGGGAUAUAUCUGAUUCUGACGACUGUGGGUCAUUUCUCAUUAUUUCCUCUUCUCUUCACUCCUCAAGAGCUGCCUCUUAAGAUUCUGCUGAUGGCGAUCUUCACCGUGUUCAGCUUCAGCUCACUGAAGGCUCUGUUCAGGAAAGAAGGGAGGCUCCUGACCUGCCUGGAAUCAUUCUACGUCUAUGGCCUCAUCCCCCUGGAGUUACUGUGUGAGAUAAUUUACCCGCUGACCGCCUGGCAGCAGCGCCUGCCCUUCAUCCCCCUGCUGCUGACCUCGGUGUACUGCGCCCUGGGCAUCACCUACUCCUGGAUCAGACUUUAUAUUUCCACGGUCAGAGGACCAACAGUGACUCUCAAGAAACGCCAGUGACUACCCGUCCAGAUCCGCCGGGGACCAAGAUGGAAGAGAAACCUAUUUUUUUAUAAGGUGUUGAAUGUAAAAUCAAAGCUUGUUUCCUUUUUGUAUAAAAAUAAAAAAACGUUA